AUGUCUCUUCGCCCGAGCACAACCACCGUUGUGCGCAAGAAAUCGUACAAGACUGGAGUGGAGAUCAGGAAGAACAAGCGCGAGGACAAUUUGCUCAAGAAGAGAAGGGAAGGCUUGGCUCCGUCCCAGCAGCAACUGCUUGAUGGCACCCAAACUACCGUCGUUUUCCAGAAGACGGUAGUAUGGGCUCUAGGAAAUGUUGCUGGUGAUUCUCCUAGUUGCAGGGAUCUUGUUCUUGGACAAGGUGCUGGUGAUUCUCCUAGUUGCAGGGAUCUUGUUCUUGGACAAGGUGCACUAAUGCCACUGCUAGCUCAAUUAAAUGAACAUUCCAAGUUAUCCAUGGUGGGGAAUGCUACGUGGACUUUAUCAAACUUUUGUCGUGGCAAGCCAGCAACACCAUUUGAUCAGGUGAAGCCUGACUUACCAAUUCUUCGACAACUUAUUUACUUAAAUGAUGAAGAAGUCUUGACAGACGCUUGCUGGGCCCUAUCGUAUCUCUCAGAUGGUCCACAUGACAAAAUUCAGACUGUGAUUGAAGCAGGCGUCUGCCAGCGACUUGUGGACCUUCUGAUUCAUCCAUCACCUACGGUUCUUAUACCUGCUCUUCGGACAGUGGUAAACAUUGUUACUGGUGAUGAUUCCCAGACUCAGGUAGUAUGGGCUCUAGGAAAUGUUGCUGGUGAUUCUCCUAGUUGCAGGGAUCUUGUUCUUGGACAAGGUGCACUAAUGCCACUGCUAGCUCAAUUAAAUGAACAUUCCAAGUUAUCCAUGGUGGGGAAUGCUACGUGGACUUUAUCAAACUUUUGUCGUGGCAAGCCAGCAACACCAUUUGAUCAGGUGAAGCCUGACUUACCAAUUCUUCGACAACUUAUUUACUUAAAUGAUGAAGAAGUCUUGACAGACGCUUGCUGGGCCCUAUCGUAUCUCUCAGAUGGUCCAAAUGACAAAAUUCAGGCUGUGAUUGAAGCAGGCGUCUGCCAGCGACUUGUGGACCUUCUGAUACACCUGGCUUCCAGAGGUUGUAUUAAACCGCUCUGUGAUCUUCUAAUCUGCCCAGAUCCAAGGAUUAUAACUGUGUGCCUUGAAGGUCCUGAGAACAUUCUGAAGGUGGGUGAGGCAGACAAAGAAAUGGGAAUGAAUGACGGGAUCAAUCUUUAUGCACAACUGGUCGAUGAAUGUGAAGGUUUGGAUAAGAUUGAUAAUCUGCAGACACAUGAUAACAGUGAGAUUUAUGAGAAGGCUGUGAAGAUCUUGGAGAGAGAUUGGGCUGAGGAAGAAGAAUUCGAGGCGUCUACUCUCAUGUCUGGAUGGAAGGUUGGAUGGAACGGUGUAGGUAAAGAUCCUUUCGUAUGUAGAGUUAGGCAUUCUGGAGUGAGGGUGAAAACCAAAUCCAAUCAAUGCACAGGAUUUGUGAAUGGAAGUGGUGCUUCACAUGCCUCGAAAUACUUGGAUGGUUGCAAUUUGGAAGUCCAGGUUUCAAAUGAACUAUUACAACAUGUGAUAAGGGCUUUAUUAUAUGCAACCCUUUUUGAUGAAUCUAGCGGUGGAUAUGUACGCGUAUUUGAGGUAUUAAAACAAGGAGGUUAUGAAAUAGUAUAUAACCGACCAGUUUUGAGAGCGCUUCUCUAUCAUUAUGAUGCCUUGGCUAGUUAUCUUUCCAAAUCAUUGUUCUUUCUCUUUGACAAGCUUGAUUACAAUUAUACACAUGACAUUAAUGUGAAAGUGCAUGAAGGAUUCCAAAGACAGUUUGAUGAAGAAUAUAAAAAGAAUGUUGUCAUAACUCAAGGACAAACAUACACUGUGCGACUUGUACAUUUCAAGGACCCAAUUGAUGAGCUAUAUGAGAGGUUGGAAAGAAAAAAUAGCCAGCGUGUUGUGCUCCCUGAAGUUAGAUAUCUAUCGUCAGUUCGAAUUGAAGAAAUUGGUGAGGCUCCUAUUUUGUGUGGUAAGAUAACACAGGAGUUGGUGAGAAAUUUACAAGAAAUAUAG